AUGGAGUGUGUGACCACAACCAAGUAUACUAUUGCUAUAAAUGGAGGACUACAUGGCAAUAUAGAGGGGAAAAGAGGCCUCAGGCAAGAUGAUCCCUUAUCUCCCCUUUUGUUUGUCAUAUUUAUGGAGUAUUUUACAAGGAUCAUGAAGUGGGUAUCCGAACAAGAAAGAUUUGAAUACCACACAAAGUGCAAGAGCCUGAAGCUUAACCAUCUUUGUUUUGCGGAUGACAUGCUCAUAUUCAGCAAAGGGGAUUUCCUACCAGUGGUAAUGCUGCUAAGGGGACUAAAAACCUUCUCAGAGGCAUCAGGCCUAACCACCAACAAUGCUAAAUCAAAUAUAUUCUCAGCCAACAUGCCUGCUCAGGUGAUAGAUGACCUGUGUGAAUUAACUGGUUACUCAAAAGGCAGGCUACCAUUCAGAUACCUAGGGGUGCCCAUAUCUUCCAAAAGGCUCUCGGCAGUAGAAUGUGAAAUGCUGGUGGAAAAGAUGGUGGCCAAAAUUAGGACUUGGGGUUCUAGGAAUCUCUCAUAUGCUGGGCGAGUCCAGCUAGUAAAUUCAGUACUGAUGCACAUUCAUGCGUAUUGGUCAUUCAUCUUUCUACUGCCGAAGGGAGUCAUGAAGGAGAUAGUUGCUAUUUGCAGGAAUUUUAUUUGGAGUGGGCAUACUACAACAGGUAAAUCCCCACUAGUAGCCUGGGACGAUAUCUGCAAACCACAAAAAGAGUUUGGACUGGGAGUGAAAGACUGCCACAUAUGGAAUGAAGCAGCGGUAGCAAAAUAUAUCUGGAAUAUAGCAAACAAAACCGACAACCUUUGGGUCAAAUGGGUGCACCACAUCUACCUAAAGGAGAUAGAUUGGUGGAAUAUCAGCCUCCACAAGACAGUAGCUGGUACUGGAAGAAAAUAUGCAGGCUAA